UCAAAACUUCUAGUAAUCUCGUUUACUACCAGGCUUAGCGUUUCAUUUAGAAAUCUGAACGUGCUACUACGCAGUUAUUUCUCACAGACCGUAAUCAUUUACGAUGAUCUUCCAGAGGUUUCUUUCCACUUUUCUUAAUCGCUGAUCGUCGAGGCAAUUCCAGUAUCACCCAUACACAGACGAGCUUUCCGAGACGCUUGGAGAGAGUUGGUCAUCGCCGACUCGUACAUGAACGUAGAGCUUAUGGGUGAAACGGGUUGGGCUAAAAUCAUCAACUCUUAAAGUGACUCUUUUCACUGCCUGUGAGCUCCCCAUAAAUGGUCUUUCCUUGGUGUUUCGUAUUCAGCAGCUCGGCGAUUGUCAGCCUGAUUCGGGUUUGCCUUUCCUAUGACCUGGGAACCAUAUUAGAGACGCUACUUCUCUGUGCAUCUAAUCAUGACCACGAAUCUGGUGUGUAAUCUGUGUAUCGCAUUUAUCAAGUAUUCAAAGUAAUCUAUACAAAUCUGAUUGACAAAUCGAUGGUGUUAACUGGGAGCCCCACUGCGAAUGUCUGUGAACAUCAGUUGCUACUGUUUCGUAGAUAUAACGACGAGGAACAUUGAGUUCUCUGGUUACCUUCGCUGUAACUAAAUCGUGCGUUAUCAUCUUUCAAUAGUUUAAGAAUAUACGACAAGAGCAGUUGUGCCAUGACGCUGCAGCAAAAUUCAGCAUCGAAAGAUGAACGAUCCCUGCCACCUGGAAUACCUUUACCUUCGCUGGAUAAUAACUCGCGCUUAGCGUCCACAAUGCACGAAGCCAUCGAUGCAAAACGCCACUUCACCCAAAGGGAGUUUCUCAUUAUGCUGUUCCUGUCAAUAGCCUGUCUCACCGAGGGAUCGUGCUUCGCUCAUAUCAGCCCCUUUUAUGCUGAAGAACUGGAGACACGAGGGAAUAGCAAGACCCAAUACGGAAUCCUUUUUGGCUGCUACCCGUUUGUCGGUAUGUUCACUGCGCCCAUCGUUGGCAAAUUGCUGGUGAGAACAAUUCGAGCAAAGAACAUGCUUGUUUGGGGAAUGCUUCUAGACGCCCUGUUCACAAUUGCCACUGGCUUUCUCACAUGGAUUGACGGCUACCCGUUUUUCUAUUUCGGGCUAUUGCUUCGGUCCCUGCAGUCGGUGGGGUUCUCGAUGGCGUGCACCACGUUUUACGCAAUUAUCGGCGCUGAGCUUGGACCUUGGGCUCACAUCUGCCUGCCAAUUAUCGAAACCAUCUAUGGAGCCAGUGUGGUAAUAGGUCCAGCCAUUGGCGGAUUUAUGUAUGAGCGGGGAGGGUUCAAGUUACCGUUUUUCUUUCUCGGCAUAAGCACCCUCAUUACGACGUUCCUCAUCAUGGCUACAUUCCCUGUCGUUCGUAAAGGUACACAAAGUUCACGCUUCCAGUCGAGCUGUCUACUGGAUAUCCGUAUUAUACUUAACUUGCUCAUGGUAAUGUCUACCUUCAUUAUUGUGGGCUUCAACGACGCCACCCUAGCACUUCAUCUACGCCAGUUCGCCCUCUCCCCGACGAUGACAGGCUUAUCCUUUAUCAUUUGUGGAGGUUUCUAUUCGGUGUCAAGCGUUUUCUGGGGCAUUAUGUGCAAGCGAGUCAGGGACCCACGGUUCAUCGUUCUGUGUGGGGCCGUCCUGACAAACAUCGCUGUCGCCCUGGUCGGCCCGUUGCCUUUCAUUACGGUAGAGGCCACUCUUACUCUCGUGCUCGUUAUGCAAGCCUUCAUGGGUACCGGCUACGGACCGUCGUUCGUGUGCUCUUUCAUGCACAGUCUCCACGUCCUCACGACAGAAAAAGGAUUACCGGAUGAUCUCGGCACGUACGCUAUGCUCUCGGGCAUCUUUAUGCCAGCGUGUUUCUUCGGCAACGCUGUGGGCCCAGUGCUUGGGGGAAUUCUGCUUGAUUACUACGGCUAUCGACACGCUACCUUGUUGAUGUUUCUCAUCGUUUUAGCAAUGUUGCUGUUGGUGUCUGCGUCUGUCAUACACGACAAUUGUAUACGACCCAAGCGUACCGCAGAUGAGAAUAGAACUUAGAACAAGCGCGCUAUAGUUAGCACCCAACAGGAUGAACCAAAACAUGGUUAUGACAAUAAUUCAAACCUGUUAAGGAAACUUUUCGAUUAUCCUGUCAUCAAAACGAAUGGACCUAUUUUCACUAACAUGUGAAAAGGCCAGCUUAAACUACCGCUGGCUGAUAACUAGCAAGUUGAGAUUCAGACGUUCAAGCCGACAGGUAGAUUGUCGAGAUCUAGAACCCACUUUGCUUUAAGCUGGUCUUCCGAAGACGAGAGCAGACUGUAUAGAUGCAAUGUCAUAAGGCAAGCAACAACCAAGAUUAGGCUGUUGUUUAUCCUCCUUGCUUGCUACCUACUAGCAUUUUGGUAAAUUUUCAUAGCCUACUCACGACGUACGUGGGAAAAUAGAAUGUUUAAGCGGACACACAACAGGUGCAUUCGUUGUUGCCAACGCGAAAGAAACGCGCGUCCGUCCCUAGGUGAGAUCAAUACUAUCCUAAAUAAGUUCAACUUUAGUGAAAAUAAGGAAGAACGCGAUACAAAGCAACGCUUUUAACCGCAUUCUCUACCCGAUUCCUAUCCACAAUCGAGUGGAAUCUCUUCGCGGUUUUCUUAAAACCCUAUCAAUUCUAACAAAAUAUAAUCUUACAAAUGCUCUUAACUAUACAAAAUUCCGCUCGCUCGAGAAACAGAAAUAUCGAUAAAUAAGUCGUUUGUGAGAUUACAUUAACUUUAACUAAAUGCCUUCAAAUUGUCAAUAAGGAUCCUAUUUAUUAUAGCUAAAUCAGUAGCUUGCAAAAGCAAGGACGACUUAGCAAGGCGAGGCCUAAUCUAUAGGGCCCAACCAUAUGUCGCAGCGGCUUGAUUGCACUGAGUUAAUGCCACCGUUUCUAUCAAGAGUCAAUUUAUACGAUGAACAUUUGCGGACCCGAUACGAAACGAAACUAUAAAUAAUAAGUUGAUACAUUUAGAUGAGAUAGUUUCAGUAUAACUUAUUUGCGACAACCGGCCAUAAGGCCUGAUGUAAAUAGACGUUAGAAAUUAACCUAAUGUCAGCAGAUAUGCGCCCCAAUAAAUAUAUAGAUAGAACUAAAUAGUGCUAAUAUGUAUAGAUACGAUACUAGGCGUAUUUUAACUCACUAUAAAAAAAAAAACCGCAUAUUUUGGUUACGAACGUUUGUCUUCGAUUUCAUUAAAUCGCCAUUACCGCCCUGCAUCGCGGGCGUCGACCCAAGCGUUUUGGGCAUUUCUUCAUUCGAGUUCGUCGCGAUUCUGUCUGCAGUAGUAUUUUAACAACAGUGUGCGUUAUUUAGAUGUUUUUUUUUUCUUUCAAAUAACUAACACACUGCCUCGUCAGGACAACUAUAUUUUAUUCUUUUUUCGUUUUUUGUCAAAGUUUUUUCACAAAUUUCGUUCUAACAUCGACUCGAUUGGUGAUUAACGGCGAGCAUCAUGCCAACUUCUACGAGUAGCUUAAACUGACCUCCGAAUUCAACUACGAGAAAGUCAAAGCAUCUAACUUGUUAAAGGGACCUGAAAUUUGUACGUACGCGCUCAUCGUCUGACCGCGAUUUUCGUUGCAUUUGUAAUUUUCUCUUAUCAUCGCAGUUGCGCUUUUCUCUGAUCGCCGAUCGAUGGCACACGCGCCAACUUAGGCAAUAGUGAUCUAUUUAUGGAUUAUCGCUACGAUCACACCGGUUCCACAGAUGAUAUUAUCUCCCAGUUGGAAGCGACAGAUCAUUCUGCGCUCGUUUGUCCGCAGUAACCGCAGGCGAACUCGGCACCUCCACUUCUUCAAACGCUCUGUGAAUGAAACACCGUCACGUCACUCGGUUUCGAAGUACCAAAAGAAACGCCUGCAAUGAUCAGUCACUUGGCACUUUUAUAGUACUUCGUACUGCAGCAAAUACUCGUCAGCCGUCUCGACCGCAUAUGAGAUAUAGUAGGCACCGACUAUGUUAGGAAGAUAUUAGCGAUUGCAUAGUGGAAAUUAAUGUGAAGAAUUGUCGACCGUUAACAACGAUAGUUUUGCAUUUGGUGAAAUUUUGGCUCUAAGUAGAUGUCAGAGGUCAGGAUGAACUUGUCAGAAAAUUUCGGUUAGAGAUUCAAUCAGAUGUUUCAGAAGUUGAGUGAUUUUUAAGCAAUAUGUAUAUAUUUUUAACGAGUUCGAUAAUUGCUUUGGUUAAAAUGGACUUUUUUUUUUAAUCUAAAAAUAGGAGUCAACAACGCUAAAAUUUUUACUGAAGAAAAACACGAUAUUCUAUUAAAGUUAACAACAAUGAAGAUUAUGCUGAAUGAAGACAAUGAAGAUAUGCUCCUCUACUUGGUACCCUCAAAGUUUUGAAGUAUACAAGGAUGAGUAAAGCACUUGAUUUAUAACUGAAAAAUAGAAGUGAGAUGAUUUAUUGUCAAUAAACUUUAGUGUUGAGCAAAUCCUGAAGCGGGUAAAUUAUUUUCGAUGGCUUCUUGUUUUAAGCGUAAUAAGCGGAAUUACAGUGCGAGAGUGGAAAAAAAAAGGUUGAUUCUUGGUUCCUGCAUACCCCCUGAAGGGGCGCCAAUACGACUUCAGUUAGGAAAUACAGAUCCUCUCUCUGCUCUAGUGUUGGCUUACACGAAAACGAUUUAUUUAAUUGGCAUCAAUCAGACAACAUUUUCUAUACU